GAGAUAGUAACAUACAGUGAUGCAUCUAUGUAUUUGUAUUUUCUUCAAAUAGUUUUAAAUUUUCAUCGGUAUAUUAUGGAGCUCUUCAAUAAUCAUUUCUAAAACCCAUAGCAAUGCCGACACUCUCAAUUCCCUUCCUCUUCUCAUUUUGGUCCUUAGAUUUCAACAAACACAGUCAAAUUUCAACAGCACUUCUUUUUUUCUUCCUUUUCAUUUUUGCUCUCUUAUGGCUCCAAUCCAAAUUCCAGCAUCCCCCUUUGCCUCCAGGCCCCCGUGGCCUGCCCCUGCUCGGUUAUCUUCCAUUUUUAUCCACCAAUCUCCACCACACAUUCAACAAUUUGGCCAAAAUGUACGGCCCAAUUUUCAAGCUCCGCCUCGGAACUAAGCUCUGCGUUGUUCUCACCUCCCCUUCCUCCGUCAAUGAAGUCCUCCGUCACCAAGAAACUGUCUUCGACAACCGAGAUGCCACCGUCAGCGCUCUUCUUGCCACCUACGGCGGAGUCGAUAUUGUAUUCAGCCAGAACGAGAGCAUUUGGAAGAAGCUGAGAAAAAUCUUUGCCCGAAAAAUGCUUAGCAAAUCAAAUCUUGAUGCGUCGUAUCCUUUGCGAAGACGAGAAGUGAGAAAAAUAAUUAAAGGCGUGUUGGAAUCGGCGGGAACCCCAAUUGAUAUCAGUAAAUUGAGUUUGAUGGCUGCUGUGAAAUCGGUAAUGGCGAUGACGUGGGGUGGCUCAAGGGGACUGAUCGGAGUGGAUGGGGCUGAUUUGGAAGCGAAGUUCAUGGAAGUGGUGAAUGAACUGAUGGUGUUGCUUGGAACUCCAAAUUUGUCGGAUCUAUUUCCGGUGUUGGGUGGGUUAGAUUUGCAGGGAAUUGGGAGGAAGAUGAAGAAGGUGAUGAAUGUUUUUGAUGGGAUUUUUAAUUCUGCCAUUGAAGAACAGAGGAAAAGGGGAGGAGAUGGGAUGGAAAACAGAGGGUUUUUACAGUUACUGUUGGAGGUUAUGGAGGGUGAGGAUAGUUCAGAGUCCAUUACCGAUAAAGAACUCAAGGCUUUGCUAGUCGACAUCAUCAUUGGAGGAACAGACACAACAUCAACUACAAUUGAGUGGACAAUCGCAGAAUUGAUACAACAACCAAACAUAAUGAAGAAAGUCAAAGAAGAAUUAACAAAAGUUGUGGGUUUAAACCAAAUGGUUGAAGAAUUUCACUUAUCUAAAUUACAUUAUUUAGAUGCAGCAAUUAAAGAAACACUUCGUUUACACCCACCAGUACCUCUUUUAGUGCCACGGACGACUAACCAAAGAACCACCCUCGAAGGGUACACUAUUCCAAAGAGCUCAACUAUCUACUUCAAUAUUUGGGCCAUCCAAAGAGACCCUAAAAUUUGGGACAACCCAUUAGACUUCAUGCCUGAGAGAUUUUUGAAUGAAUCUAAUGAAAAUAUGUACGAUUUUACUGGCAAUAAGAUAGAGUUUUGUCCAUUUGGAGCAGGUAAAAAGUUAUGUGUGGGGAUUCCUCUAGCCGAGAGGUUGUUGGUUUUAAUAUUAGCUUCAUUGUUGCAUGGAUUUGAAUGGAAAUUACCCGAGGGUUCAACGCUUGAUUUGGAAGAAAAGUUUGGAAUUGUCAGUAAGAAGUUGAAUCCUUUGGUUGUUAUUCCUACACCAAGGCUUUCCAACUUGGAGCUUUAUAAUAUGAUGUAGGCUCUGUGUAUUAUUAAAUAAUUGCAAUAUGUUACAUUGUAAUAUCCAACAUUUUCUGCACUGGCAUAUGUAUAGAAACGUACGGGUUUCUAAAAUGUCACUCAUCAAGAAUUUACUUAAAUGUCAUUAGCCAUAAAUUCCUUUUAA